AGGUCCCCAAUGGUUUGCCUGCAUGAAAACUCACAAAUCAAAGCAAAGAAAAAAGUUACUUAGCGGCCCCAUAUGUUACGUAAAGAUAUGUUUUUCCAUAGCUUUCUCUUCCUCGUGCUUACUUUUUUUCCCCUCUACGUGGACACCUACGUAUGUAUUAUGUAUACUGUUGCUUUGUGUGUUUCAUCUUUAAAUAAGGCCAAUCAAAGAUUUGUUUUCCAAAGGUAUAUAAAACACACAACUUAUAAGCUUUGUUUGUUUGCUUCCCAUUUCGCUUUCCCCCUUUUUUUUAACCUCUUCUGUACGAAGAUCUCUUCCUCUAUUUAUGUGACAGUCACUUCACCAACUUCAUGGAUGUUCUGCUCAUGUUAAACAGGAAGCUGUAGGGACAUUGGGUUUGGAGUAUGGGUGGAAAUGGGAUUAUUAGAGCUGUUUUGUCUUUGAGUAUUAUUGUGUUUCUUCUUGUCGGUAACUUAUCAAGCUUUGCAACAAGUGUUCCAUCAACAGAAACGGUCAAGAAUUUACAGUUUAAUGGUGAGCAUGCGAAUCUGUUUCAUGAGAGCAAGCGAAAAGUUCCAAAUGGACCUGAUCCUAUCCACAACAGGAAAGCAAGAACUUCGAGACUGCCACCAAGAGUAUGAUUUAGCUCCAACACAUAGGAAGUAUAUGCUGUAAACUCAUAGCUUAUGAUGAACCCUUGCAAAGAUAAAGUCUCUUCUUGCUGAGGCAUUUUGGAAGGUGAAGUCUUGCUCUCUUUUCCCUUUUGGGAACAUUAUGUCUGAAGAUUGAAUACUGAGGCUGAUGAUAUUAAGACUUUUUCAGGGCUUUGUAGGAUUUUGUAAUAACAUUUUGAAUUAGUUAUAGGCUUAUGUCUUUAUCCAACUCUCUUGUUUUUCCUCUUUUGCUUUUCUUUUUCAAAUUUAUAUAAGUUUAAAGUUUGCUUUUGUGUUUCAUCUGCUAAAAAAAGCAAACCAUUAACUAAAGUUGCUCUGGUUUCUAGAACUCA